GUUGCACCUUCUGAUUGAAACGAAUAAAUGAAAGCAAUUAAAGGUCCCUGGUCAGUGUAAUAGGUUGUGAAAAGAAUGUCAAGUACGCCUGCCAAGACCGAUGGAUCGGCAGUAAAAACGACCGAAGGUAAAUCUUCCCACAAACGGAAUCGCCCCGACGGUAGUGCCGCCCAGCCAAGUGGCAACCAUCGCAAACCUACCGAUCGGCAUACGCUGAAAAAGCGCGUUCUGCCGAAAUUCUUCACUCGGGAAAACGAUAUCUACGUGACGUUCAAAUCGGAUUUCACUUACCAGUUCAAAACCUGUUUGGAGUUACUCAAUUCUCCGCUUGGUGAAGUGUUUCUGCAUUGUACCGGCCGAGCAAUCAAUCGGGGCAUUAAUUUGGCACUCAAACUAAAGGCCGAACAUCCCGAGGCGUUCGAGUACGAGGUGAACACGUCCCAGGUGGCCAUCACGGAUGAUUUGCAUCCCCUUCACGACGAGGACGAUUUCGGUGUGCAACGAAGAUUGAACUCCUGUCUACACGUUCGCUUGUACCGCACGGUGAAACUAAGGCCCGUGACCACCAGCGAAUCGAAGGCCUAA